CUGCGUUAACUCCACCCCCGACAGAAGUUUGCAGCCCCGGAUAAACUUCCAGUUCCCCUCUCUACCGACGAGUGCUCUUUUCCAGCUUACCAUCCCACGUAGAGGCCCCAUUUUCCAGAAUGGAGUGCCGGUUGGGUUUAGCGAUUUUAGUCGUUUGCCUCAUCUCUUAUGGCCUUUCGGAUGUGCAGCUCAGUAGUAAUGUUAUUCUCGAGCCGUAUGAUCUGCUGUUCGACACAGCGGUAGAAGCAUACUACAAGGGUGACUGGAUGACGGUCAUCCUGAACAUGGAGCGGGCGCUUCGGAACAAGGCUGCGAUACGCAGGGUGAAGGCGCAUUGCCGGAUAAUAUGUGCAAACCAGAGCGCUUUCGGAGAGCCUUUAUCCAGCAUAGUUGUGACAAUACCAGGCGCUGGCUCUGUGGAAGAUCUAGGUUUUUUUCAAAAAAUUAUGAAAAGGGCUGAUUGUGUAAAUACCUGUGAAAGUGAUAAAAUUGGACCACCAACUAUCCAUAAAAUCACUGAAGAUGUGGACCUCGAGUUUAAGAAGAGAACCCCUUACAAUUAUCUGCAAGUCGCAUACUUCAAGAUCAAUAAGCUGGAUAAGGCUGUGGCAGCGGCCAACACAUUUUUCCUGGCCAACCCAGACCACAUGGAGAUGAGGCAGAACCUGGACUACUACAGGAUGAUGUCUGGAGUACAGGAGGAAGACUUUAAAGACCUGGAGGCCUGGCCUCACAUGGCAGAGUUCCUUGCAGGGAAGCGGUACUACAGCUCAGACUCGUUCGGUCUGGCCAUCGACCACUUUGAGGCAGCGGUGGAAGAGUACUUCAGCGCAGAUCAGGAGUGCCGGGCGCUCUGCGAAGGAGCUUACGACUACGACGGAUACAACUACAUGGAGUACAGUGCUGACCUCUUCCAGUCCAUGACAGACCACUACAUGCAGAUUCUGAACUGUAAGCAGAGCUGUUCUGUGGAGCUAGCCUCCACCGCAGGAAAGGACAAGCCAUUUGAGGAUUUCCUCCCUUCCCACUUCAACUACCUACAGUUCUCCUACUACAACAGUGAAAAGUAUGAGCAGGCCAUAGAGUGUACUAAGACCUACCUGCUGUUCCACCCAGAAGAGGAGGUAAUGAAUCAGAACCUGGCCUACUACUCCGCUGUGCUGGGAGAGGACAAGGCUGCAGCCAUACCUGCUAGACAGGUGGUAAAACAGCACAUUCAGCAGUCCCUGUUGGAGAAGGAGCUGCUUUACUUUGCGUUUGAAGUGUUUGGAAUCACCUUUGUUGAUCCAGAUUCCUGGACCCCUGCAGACAUUAUGCCCCUCAAACUGAGAGAGAAGCAGAAGGCAGACAGGGAGACUGCAGCAAGGAUCACUGAGGAGAUUGGGAAUCUGAUGAAGGAGAUUGAAACUAUGGUGGAGGAGAAGAAUAAGGAGUCGACUGAUAUUGCCAAGAUCGUACGAGAAGGUGGUCCUCUGUUGUUUGAUGACAUCAAGAUUACCAUGUCGUCUAAGCAGCUGAAUGGGUCUCAGAGGGUUCUACUGGAUGGAUUUAUCUCAGAGGGCGAGUGCAGAGAGCUCACCCGCCUCUCUAAUGCGGCUGCGCUGAAAGGUGAUGGGUACCGAGGCCUUCCCUCCCCACACUCCCCCAGCGAGAGCUUCCAAGGAAUCACAGUCCUCAAGGCUAUUAAGUUUGGACAGGAGGGAACUGUGCCCCUGAAGAGUGCCCGUCUGUUUUUCGACAUGAGUGAGAAGGUACGUAGGGUCCUCGAGUCGUACUUCCGUCUGGACUCUCCUCUCUACUUCUCCUACUCCCACCUGGUCUGCCGCUCCGCCAUCGACGAGAAGCAGGAUGACCGUGACGACCUGAGUCACCCGGUUCAUGCAGACAACUGCCUUCUGGUCUCUGAGCUCAACAAGUGUAUCAAAGAACCACCCGCAUACACACACAGAGACUACAGCGCCAUCCUCUAUCUAAAUGAUGACUUUGAAGGAGGAGAUUUCAUUUUCACUGAACUGGAUGCCAAAACUGUCACAGCGGAGGUGCGUCCUCAGUGUGGUCGUGUGGUUGGUUUUGGGGCUGGGGAGGAGAAUCCUCACGGCGUGAGAGCGGUCACUAAGGGACAGAGGUGUGCUGUGGCCCUGUGGUUCACCCUUGACCCCAAACACGAGGAGAAGGAGCGGAUCCAAGCUCAAGAGAUGCUGAAGAUGUUCUCCACUCCUACGGACGCAGAGUUCACAGAGACAAAGAGAGAGAGCUCAGAGCCACAGCUCACACUUCCUGACCAGGCUGUGCUUCUUGGUCAAGCUGCACCCCCAGUACAGGUGCAGGAAGACAAACCAGAUGACAAACCAGCAGAGAAGAAGCCUGAGGAACCAGCAGAGAAGAAGCCUGAGGAACCAGCAGAGAAGAAGCCUGAGGAACCAGCAGAGAAGAAGCCUGAGGAACCAGCAGAGAAGAAGCCUGAGGAACCAGCAGAGAAGAAGCCUGAGGAACCAGCAGAGAAGAAGCCUGAGGAACCAGCAGAGAAGAAGCCUGAGGAACCAGCAGAGAAGAAGCCUGAGGAACCAGCAGAGAAGAAGCCUGAGGAACCAGCAGAGAGGAAGCCUGAGGAAUCAGCAGAGAAGAAGCCUGAGGAACCAGCAGAGAAGAAGCCUGUGGAACCAGCAGAGAAGAAGCCUGAGGAACCAGCAGAGAAGAAGCCUGAGGAACCAGCAGAGAAGAAGCCUGAGGAACCAGCAGAAACAGUCAUUGAAAACCCAGCUGAUAACCCAGAAGAUAAAAAGGAUGAGAAGCCGACAGAGAAUCGGGCAGAAAAACAAAUUGCUAAAGAGGGUGAAAAACCUAUGUUGAAAGAGGCUAAACCAGCGGCUAAAGCAGGGGACAAAGCCAAGGCUAAACCAGUGGCUAAAGCAGGGGACAAAGCCAAGGCUAAAACAGCGGCUAAAGCAGGGGACAAAGCCAAGGCUAAACCAGCAGCAAAAACAAACGUCAAACAUGCAGCAAGCAAAAUGAAACCUAAAGCGACAGACAAAAAAGAGCAGAAGCCAGCUACAAAGAAUGCAGAGAAAGCCCCUGUCAAAAAGGUUUCCAAGGACUCUAAAACUGACCCCAAAUCAGCCUCGGACACACAGACAGACAAGGUUGAGCUAUGAGACCAACAGCACCUGUGACUCUUACUCUGUGGUGUCUCUAUUUUUCUACUGUUUGAAUAUAUUUGCUAAGGUUUUCUCUGUGGGUGUGCUGGAUAAAGAUAUGUAGCUGUUGAUGGAUAUUGUUUUGGAUGUUGUUUGUCUGCCCAGUGGCGGUGAAAAAUGAACCAGGAUAAGGUGUUGUAAUGUAAGCCAUACCAUAAUACCAAGGGACUGCAAACUCACUCUGAUGGCUGAUAUCAACUAACCAAUCAAUCAAAUCAAUGAAUCAACCAAUCAAAUUGGAUUUGUAUAGUGCAUUUCACAAAUGCAUUUGUCACAAAGUGCUAAAUAGUAACCACCUUUAAAUUCAUAUCCCAGACUCAUGUGAACAUACUGUGUUGUUUUUAUAGUGUUACUUUUGUGUAUGAUUUGGAAUUCUCUGUGCUAUUUUGUACUGAUUUUAAAUAAACUGUUCUUUGCCUCAGGAAUGGAAAGAUAUAAUCUCCCAACAAAAAGAGAUAAAAAACCCCCAGGAAAGACUGAAACUUGGAUUCAUGUGGAUACAUUAAAAAAGUCAUGUUUUCAUACUGAACAAAAAUAUGAACGCUACAUGUAAAGUGUUGGUCCCAUGUUUCAUGAGCUGAAAUAAAAUAUCCCAGAAAUGUUC